UCAUCUUCGCUCGCUUUGGUGUAGGCAACGCUGAUGUGAAAACGUGUGUGCUUUCUAAAAUUAUUGGGAAAUCGUGAAGAGUUCUACAUCGUUAUUCAAGUUGAAUUAUGGAAGGUGCUCAGAAAGAAUCUAUUAACUGCGUUCAGGUGUUUGGUCGAAAGAAAACUGCUACAGCUGUAGCCUACUGUAAGCGGGGAAAUGGUUUAAUGAAGGUUAAUGGUCGUCCUCUUGAUCUUCUUGAGCCUCAAGUUCUAAAAUAUAAGCUUCUUGAACCAAUCCUUUUACUGGGAAAAGAACGAUUUGCAGGUGUGGAUAUCAGAGUUAGAGUUAAAGGAGGCGGACAUGUGGCACAGAUCUAUGCUAUAAGACAAGCUAUUUCAAAAGCUCUAGUGGCCUAUUAUCAAAAGUGUAAGUAUGCUUCAAAUGUUACCUUAAUAAAAGAUAGCAGGUAGGUAUUCUGUCCAUGUUCAUGGUCAAAGUAUUAAUUAUUUUAUUUUAAGUGUAUAAUACU